AGCUUUGGGCUUGGCCUUAACUAAGUCAAAGCUCAAGACAGAUAGACGGUAAGCAGUCAUGGGAGACCAGGAGCUGGUUGAAGAUCUGCCCGCGAGCAGCUUGCGCUCAGACAACCUCAAAGAGAAUAACUCUGAGGAGCGUACAGACAAUGUGACACCCACAGAGAAGGAGAAGACUCAAGAGAAUGGAACUCCACUGAUCGAAACGGAGGUAGAGACAGAGAUCCAGUCAGAUGGAGACAAAGACGGUUCAACCACAGGAGAGAGCAAGAUACAGGAGGACCUUCAGGAAUCUGAAGACCCUGGGAAACCACAAGAGGAACCGGAGGAGGUGCUGGGGCCGGAUGAUGUCAUAUGUGACUCCUGCAUUGACCGGCCGUGUCGGGCCAAGAAGUCUUGUCUGACCUGCCUGGUGUCUUACUGCGAGUCUCACCUCAGACCACAUCUGGAGAACGUGAAGUUUCAGAGCCACAAGCUGGUGGAUCCGUUGAGAGACAUCGAGAGACUGACAUGUGAGAGUCAUGGCUGUCCUCUGGAGCUCUUCUGCUGUGCAGACACCUGCUGCGUGUGUCAGGACUGUAUGAUCGCUCAGCACCGCGGACACAACACACUUCCCAUCACUGAGGCGCGCAGGAAAAUAGAGAGGGAACUCAAGGAGAAACAGAUAGAUGUUUUAAAGACCAUCACUGCGGCUGACAACGCCAUCCACAAACUACAGCUCAACACUGUGACAAUAGAGGCAUCUGUGAAGGAGGUGCAGACAGUGAUCGAGGAGCAGUUUAAUGUUCUCCUGUCGGCUGUGGAACAGGCCAAGAGAGACGUGAACGAGAUUUUAGAUUUGGAACAACGUCAGGCUCUGCAACAGGCCGAAGGAAUCAGAGUUCACAUGGAACAGCGAUGUGCUGAACUGAAGAAAACUCAGAGUCAGAUCGAGAAAAUAACAAAAAACAAAAGUGCUAUUAGCUUCCUGCAGGAGUAUUCAGUUUGGAAGAAAGAAUCGACUGAUGUGUCUUUACCUGGUGUUUAUAUCAGCCUCAUGGAUCGUCUCCAGAUGUUCAGUCGUGUUGUAAAAGAGUCCACAAAAGCCACGUGUGAACAACUGCAGACGUUUUAUAAGAACAAACUUAAGAAAGAGGCAAAUGUGGGCAUAAAGACAACCGUUGAAACCAUUAGGGCUGCUAAAAAAAACCUGUCAAUCCCAGGCCCAAAGACCAGAGACGACUUCCUCAAAUACAGCACGCCUCUUAACUUGGAUGCAGACACGGUGCAUCAGUUCCUGCGUCUGACAGAAGAGAAAAGGAAGGUCACGAAUACGACGCCGUGGCAACAUGACUACCCUGACCUGCCAGAGCGCUUCGAGCACUUUCGUCAGGUGCUGACGGUGGAGAGCUUCUACAUGGGCAGGCAUUACUUCGAGGUGGAUUUGAGAGGGGAGGGCACUCACGUGGGCCUGACGUACAAGAGCAUCGACCGCAAGGGUUCUGAGAGCAACAGCUGCAUCACGGGAAACAACUUCUCCUGGUGUCUGCAGUGGAACGGCCGGAGCUUCUCCGCAUGGCACAGCGACGUGGAGACGCCUCUCAACGUUCCUAAAGCCACACGGAUCGGCGUGUACGUGGACUACUCUCUAGGCGUCCUGAUGUUCUACGACGUGGAGAACAGCAUGGCCCUCAUCUAUCAGUACAAGGCAGAGUUUCGAGAGCCUCUCUACCCUGCGUUCUGGCUUCCAAAAAAGGAGAACAGCGUGCUUCUGGUGGAACCAGGAGAACCGCUUACCCUGAAAACUCCUUCUCCUGUUUCUUCUCCAUAAAUUGCUUUUUCUUCUUGCUUCCAUGUCAUUUACACUCUAUAUCUGUCUUGGCUGGGUGGGACGCGAUAAAUAAUAAAUGUGAAUGUGAGACAUCCAGUUGUGUAAUACAUGGGUUAACAGGACAUACACGUUUCUGUUGUCUUUGUUUUCAACUUUUAAGUCUGUAUUUUAUGGAUUUCACUGUUAUAUUGUUACAUUUUGUACAUUGUACUUACACUGUGAGUUAAUAACUUUGUCGGCAUAAGAAACAUUACGUGUCACUGCAAAUAAAAGCUUAAACUGCUA